AAAUUUUUUGUUAAGUUUUUUUCGUGAAUAAAAACUCACCUUUUCAGAACGGCCACUUUUUGCACUCUUAUCUUUUUUAUCAUUAUUUUCGUUUACUAUAAGUAUAACAUUGUCUUUGAUUUUUUUGAAUAAAUAUUUUUUAUUUUUAAUUUUGUUUCUUUACGAAAAAAUAUUUUUAUUUUUUAUACAUAAAUAUUUUUUAUUUUUUUUUAAUAUUAAAAUUUAUGAUUUAAGAGAAUUAAUGAGUUCAUCACCAACAAAAUCUAAUUCUAACAGUAUUUUUUAUUUUCCCGCAUUUAUUGAUACAAAUAACAAUCAGGAGAAUAAUUAUGAGCAAAAUGGUGGAUUUUUGGGUAUUUUAUCAAAUCUUUUUCGACCAUCAAAAUCUUCAUCUACAACAGAAACUGUAUUUUCUGAAGGUGUUUGCAUUACAAAAGCUGAGGAGAAGGAUGUAGUUUUUGAAGAUUCUGUUGAGGAAACUUUUAAUGAACAACAACCUUCAACUAGCAACGCUCCGUCAAAUUUUUUUAAUUCAAGAAAAAAUGAAUUGAGAAGAUAUUGGAUGCCAGACUCUUCAGGAAAUGAAUGUUAUGAGUGUCGUGAACGAUUCAAUACUUUCCGAAGGAAGCACCACUGCCGCCUUUGUGGCCAAAUAUUUUGUAAAAAUUGUACAAGUCAUCAAUUAAAUGGAAUUGAUUUUGGUUGUUAUGGUAUUGUAAGGCUUUGUAAUUUUUGUGCAAAUCAUAUCGAUACAAAAAAUGGUUGUGGGACACGUGGAAAAUUAAAGCUAUUUCCUCCAUCAAUUCACAAUUCAAUUGAUGGUUCCAGUGACCGAAUAUUUACUUUACAGCAAUCAAAAUUGAAGACUUCUCCAAAUGGAUUUUUACAUCCUUCUACUUCUAAUGACUUUCAAUUAAAUUCUGAAUUGCCUUGUUCUCCUUCAAAUUCUAUUAAAAAUGUGGAUACUCAAACUGAACGACAAUUGAUUGAAAUGUUUGAUAAUAAAUUAAAUAAACUUUUGGAUACACUCCUUAUUAGAGAACAACUUGGACAUUCAAUGUGGAAGGAUUUGUUGUGGAAAUUAAGUAAAUUAGUAGCUGAUAAAAUUUUCCCUGUAGCUCUCAAUAAUGCUUCAAACAAUUUUCCUUUGGAAUUUUUGCAUAUCAAAAAAUUGCAUAUUGACUCCGAUCCGGACUAUGAGAUAAUUGAUGGAAUUGCUUUCACAAAAAGUCUUGCCCAUACAUCAAUGCCUACUUCAAUGGAAAAAAUUUCUUUAAUUUUGUUAAAUGGAAUGAUUUCUUAUGAACGGGUUUUAGAAAAAUUUUCUUCAAUAGAGUCAUUAAUGCAACAAGAAGAAAAAUUUCUUCAUCUUCAAUGUGAUAGAAUAAUGUCUGUAGAUGUUAAUAUGUUAAUUACUGAAAAUGCUAUUCCUGUGGCUGUUUUAGAUUUAUUAACGAAAAAAGGAAUUUCUGUAUUGGCAAAUGUUAAGAGAUCAGUAUUAAAUAGAAUAUCUCGUGCAACAUCAACAAGUAUUUUAAAUUCAAUAGAUGCCCAACUAUUACAACCUAGAGUUGGUAUUGUUAGUAAAUUUCGUCAAUUAGAAUUUAAUACUUGUACAUUUGACCGAAAACAUUUUAUUUUACUAGAAGAUUCUGAGGGAGGAGAAGGAAAUAAAUUUGGAAUAACAAUUUUAUUAAAAAGUAGAGAUUUGUAUGAAUUGAAAGCUGCAAAAAGAAUUUUACGUUUUUUAGUUCUUUCAAGAUAUUCUUCAAAAUUGGAAAUUGCUUUUCUUUCUUUAUUUAAUAGUUUACCUAAAGAAAUGAGUAAUGAUAAGGAAGCUGCAAGUUCUUUUCAUUGUCAUAUUUGUGAAUUAAAUCAAAGAAGUACUUUGAAGAAUUUGGAUGAAAAUGAAGAAUCUUCUGAAAAAGAAAAUUUUCUUGAAUACUUUUCCCAAAUUGAAUUAACAAAUUCACCAGCUAUACAUUUUCCUCCUCCUUCAAUAUUAAAUCAAUUAAAAACAACAAAUAUUAAUUUAUUAAAUAAACAAUUAAUGCCUGAAUAUUUUAUUAAAUUAAAAGAAAUGCAAAAAGAAUAUAAUCAAAUAAUUGAAAAUUUAAGAAUUGAAGAGAAAAAAUUAAAAGAAGAAAAUUUUACAAAAUUUUCGCAUUCAUUCUUUCAAUCUAAAACAACACAAAAACCUUGGGAAUUAUUAAAUCAAAGGGCCGUUAAAAGUUUUAGACUUGGUUCAGCUUUACAUUUUAGAAGGAGAGCUGAAAAGAAUUUUGAGAUUAAAGAGGAAAGGGAAUCAAAAUCAGCUUCUUUACUUUUUGAAAUGGAAGAAGAAGAAAUUCGUGUUAGAUCAGAAACUAAUUUACUUAGUCCUUAUAGUCAUCAAGGAUUGGCUUUUCUUUUUUGUGCAAACUCCAAAAAAUCAAAAAAUACUCAAGAAUUCUGUAUGGGACCUUAUGUCUUAAAUAAAACAUUCUAUGAUCGUGAAAAUGACACAAGUUUGGGGAAAUUUUUGCUCAACUAUUGCUUCGAUGCUGAUUAUCGUUGUAAAAGCUGUGAUCGUUUAAUGUUUGAACAUUUAAGAAGAAUAGUUCAUCGAAAUACUCGACUAGAAAUAACUACAAGAAAUGUAUCUGUUAGUCGAAGUACUGCUGCAGCCUUAAUUGCUCCAGUAAUUCCCAAUCCUUUUGGAAGUGGGGCAAAUCUUUGUAAUGGGGCAAAUGAAGGAGAAUUGAGUGAAAGUAAUUUUUCGUUAGAAGAUUUACCUUCAACAAUACCUAAUAAUAAUUGUAAACAAAUUAUUUGUUGGUUACGUUGUAAUAGUUGUUCUGCAAAUUCUUCUAUUAUACCAAUGCCAAAUACAAUUUUCCAUUUAAGUUUUGCCAAAUUUGUUGAUUAUUUAGCGAAUGGCAAACAUUGGAUCUCUCCAUUUUCUUCUUCUGUUGAUUUACAUCAAUGUCUUCAUUGUACUUUUCAUUCACACAGUCAUUUCUUUGCUUUUGGAAAUCUUGUUAGCUGCUUUAGAACUUCACCAAUUUAUCCAUUGAAUGUUUAUUUUAGCCAAUUAUUUUCUUUAAAAAUUGAAAAUGAAAUGGAUAAUUUACAAAAUAUUUGUCCGAAAAUUAGAGAAGUUUUGGAUGGAAAAGGUACUCCAAUGCCUGAUAUUGGUGCAAUUAUAGCUAUUUCUUUACUUUCUGAUGAAUAUUUAACAAUUAUUAAUUCAUCUUCCCAAAAAGAUUUUAUAGAAGUCCCAAUUUCUGAUCAAAAAAUGCAAUGUAAUGUAAAGAUUUAUUUUGCUAAUGAUUUUUCUAAAUUUCGUUCAAAUUUUCUUUCCAGCAGCGAAAAAGAUUAUGUUAAUUCACUUUCAACGUCCUCUCCGUGGUAUCCUCAAGGCGGAAAAAGUGGUAAGAUUUAA